AUGUUCUCGCGGCAAGUCUUCCGUACCAUCCGUGCCGCGACUCUCCAUCCUACCCCUUUCCUCCGAGUAGGGCCUGCACGAAACUUCACCGGCGCCGCCAAUGACAGCCGACCCCCAGUCUACCUUCAUGGCCUUGAUGGAACUUAUGCCACCGCCCUAUAUACUGCCGCGGCCAAGAUGUCAACCCUCGACCUCACCGCCAAAGCCAUCGUCAACCUGAGCAGCGUCUUUUUGAAGGACACCAAGUUGACGAAAGUCCUGUCAACGCUGAGGCUGACCGCCGAGGACAAGUCAGCGAUCGUAGCUGAGCUGAGCAAGCAUACAGGUACCAACGUUGCGACUGUCAAGAAUUUGCUACAGACUCUCGCUGAGAAUAAUCGACUGGGUCACCUUCAGGGUGUGUGCGAGAAGUUUAGUGAGCUGAUGUCCGCCAAGCGGGGUGAAAUAGAGAUGGUCAUCACGAGCGCCGAACGUCUGGAUAAUAAAACUCUUUCGCGACUAGAGACUGCUGUUUCCAAGUCCUCAUAUGCCGGUCAGGGCAAGAAGCUUAAGGUCACCAACAAGAUCGACCCUGAGAUUAUUGGAGGACUUAUUGUCGCGGUCGGCGACCGAACCAUUGAUCUCAGCGUCUGCGCCCGCAUUGCCAAGAUAAACAAGGUCUUGACGGACAGGCUAUAAGCUUCAGCUAUUAACCAUGCGUUUA